AAGGCAGAGGGGACAAUCGAGGGGUGUAACAUAACCUAUCUUUUGAGGAAUUGUUGUUGGAAUUGUUUAUUCAAUUGGGGAAAUGAAUUUUGUAAAUAUGUCGGCACAGUGUGUGAGGAAGAGUAUUAGUCAGCUACUGCAGGUCAAUUCUGGUGUUGUAGUGCAACAAACUAGGAAUACAUUCGUCUUGAAGCGAAGAAAUCCACCUCCACUGUAUCGAAAAGGAAGCAAACCUCCAAACAUGCGAAGUCGUCACUUCAUCUACGACUUAAUCGAGGACACAGACAUAAGGAAACGCCCCCUCUUGAACCUCAUCCUGACACAAUAUGUGGCUGGUCUAGGAUCUGCUGGUACAAAAAUUACAAUGUCGCCGAUGAGAGCGUACAAGGAACUACUCCUACCAGGACUAGCUGUCUAUGACACCCCGCAAAACGUUGAGAAAUAUGCGGUCAAGACAGAAGACUUGACAGAACCCAGUUCUCCCUUUGUCCCACGAACGAUAAAUUUUAUGCGCCACAUAAUCCUGAGCAUCAAAAUGUCCAACGACACACCCUGGACCCUCGAGCCCUGGCACGUUAGGUCAGCCUUCAGACUAGCUGGCAUUCACAUGAACGAAGACUGCAUCACUAUGCCCAAUCACGUGAUCAGUGGACCGAAUCACGAUAUUGAGAACAGGGAGUUUUACGUCACUAUUACUGUUAAUAAAAGGGAGCAAACACCUGUCAGGUGCAGGAUACAUCAUCACGCUAAUAAUGUGAAUGAUCAAAAGUCGAUUCCUGUGAAUCACAACUUCUGGAAGGAAAUGGCGGAGCCGAUCUUCCCGGAGGACAAGGCUGUUCUUGAUCAGCUGCCCAUUCCUUAUUUGGUAGAGAAGGAAAGGGCUAACGAAAUAAGUAGUAAUGGAGCUGUUUGAGUUGUAUUCUGGUGAGAUCUGUAAUAAACUGUUUAUAAAAUAUUA